GUUCAACGUAUGCACAUUAAGAAGCACAUUGUUCUUUCUCUGCCCAGUUUUUCAGUAAAAUAAAUGCAGAAAAGUAUGGGUGUUCCCUCUCUUAACAGAGGGUGCUCUGAGCCACAAACACAAGCACAAGAAGUCCCCUCCCGUUUGGCUAUAUUAGUGUACAGUGUGCUUUGCUAAUGCUUUUGUGAGAAGCCAUUACCUUCUUCCUGACACUCACUCUAGCCUGCCUUAAUAAUGGUUGUGGAGAGUGUGGAGGCUGCUUUCAGCACUCAGGAGGCUGCGGGAGAAUCACUGGGAAUUUAAGGCUGCAUUGGACUACCUAGUGAGUUCAUGUGAGCCUGGGCUACAGAGUGAGACCCUGUUUCAAACCAAACAAAGCAAAUGGCCACAUGCAAUAUAGACUAUACUAAAUCGUUUAAUGUGUAUGCUUUACAAAGAGAGUUCCAGACAUGAUCAUAACUGUCCUGUCCUUGUAUGGGGUCCACCUUCUCAAAUGAUAUUUCAACCUACCAUCUGGAAAAUGUACUCUUAUUCUGAGAAAUGUUUGUCAUUUGAGACAGGAUCUCACUGCGUUGCUCUGGCUAGCUUGGAACUUGCUUUGCAGCCCAGGUUGAUUUUGAACUCACAGAGAUCUGCCUGCCUCUGUGUCCAGAGUGCCAGGGUCAAAGGCAUACCACCAUGCCUGGCUCAUGAAGAAUUUUUAAAGAUUCUAAUAUUGCAUAGGUGUCAGUUUUGGAUAGUCCUUAUGUUUUAAAAACAAUUUGUUCAUAGAGGUAUAAUGAUGCUAAUAUUUUAUUUCCUUUUUUAGAUCUUAAAAUUAUUUAUUGGAGAAAGGUGAGGUGGUUGUGGGUGGGUACACCAUGGUAGGUGUGUAGAGCUCAAAGGACACCUUGCAAGAGCCAGCUGCGUCAAGUGGGUCCCAGGGACCAAACUCAAGUUUUUCAGGUUUGUAAAGCAAGCACUGGUACCAACUCUAAGUCAUCUCACAAGCCCUGGGUGAACAUUUUAAAAUUUCAAAUACAUACACACUAAAUUGAUAUCAUUGUUGCUGUAAACCCAGAGAUCUUUAGACUAUUGAUUUAACUCCAGAUACUUGGGAAAUACACCUGGUAGACACAUACUUAGUGUGGUGGCGAGGAACUGGGGAAAUAAGUAAUCGGAGUCGAGAGCUAACCUCUGAAGGGCUGAGGAUUCAGCUCAGUUUGUAGAAUGGUUGUGUCGAAUUCAUGAAGCUCUGGGUUUGAUCCCCAGCACCAAAUAUACCAGGCAGGGGGUACAGGCCUGUAAUCACAGCUCAUGCGAGGCUGAGGCUGGAGGAUCUGAAAUUAUACCUAGUUUGGGCUACAUGAGAUCCUGUCUCAAACAGAGAAGCAAAUCAAACCUGAGUUCUCAGAGAAAGCCUUUAGCUAUGGCUACUUGGAAGGCCUCCUGAGUAGAGUCAUAAAGGGACUCUGACAAUUUCGUUUGAUUUUUUCAGAGACUGUAGCUGAAAUAUGGCUCAGAGUGACUUCCUCUACCCAGAAAACCCAAGGAGGCGGCAGGAAGUGAACCGCCUUCACCAGCAGCUCCUAGACUGCUUGUCUGACAGCUUCCAGGUCACCAACAAGCUGACCGGGGUUCUGAACACCCACUUGGGCUGUAGGCUGGCCUUCAUUGAGAUGAAAAGAGAUGGAACCAUCAAAGAAAACUGUGACAUCAUUAUCCAAGCUGUGAUACGAAUCCAAAAGGAACUGCAGAAGGUUGACGAGGCACUGAAAGAGAAACUGGAACCAACCCUUUACAGGAAGCUUCAGGACAUCAAGGAACGGGAGACAGAGAAGAUCGCAAUCGUGCAAAGGGUCAUUUCUGUCAUCCUGGGAGAAGCUACAUCUGCAGCCAGUGCAGUGGCCGUUAAACUCGUGGGCUCCAAUGUCACCACUGGCAUCAUUAACAAGCUGGUCACCGUGCUAGCUCACAUCGGGACUUCCCUCCUUGGUAGCAUCGGCGUUGCUGUGCUUGGUCUUGGCAUAGAUAUGAUCGUCCGUGCCAUCUUGGGAGCAGUGGAGAGGACGCAGCUUCAAGCAGCCAUCAAAAGCUACGAGAAGCAUCUGGUGGAGUUCAAGGCAGCUUCGGAAAGGUACCAUCACGCCAUCACUGAGGUCACCAGUGCCGUGAAACGCCAGAUAAGAUGAAGUCAUGGAUCCACCACUGGGAUAGUUCUGUGCUUCCCUCUGCAUCUCGAUGCUUAUUUCUUUAACUAGUUUCCUUUUCCAUAUGCCUCCGAUGUGGACAGCGAUAGAGUAAACAAUUGGGAAUGCUUGGGUUCUGUGACAACAGCGAGUGCCCACAUUGGUUGUACUAGACCCUGAAGUGCUAAGUCUCUAUCUGGGAGUUUUCCCCCCUGCUGUCAGAACCAUGUGGUAUAAAUGCAUCACAGAGCAGCAGGUAUAGACUGCUGUUUCCUUGUUCUCACUCAGUGUCCUCAAACAUCCCAUAUAAUGCAGAGGCAUUCCUAUCGCCGGUUCCAAACAUCCCUUAGGUCUAAUGAGACAUACUCCUCUGGCUGGACACACACUUACACACUUACAGCCUUCAAUUUAACUAGAAAUACUUCCACAUUUUUACCCCUAUAUUAAAUCCAAUUGUCUGUAACCUGGAAAUGACUGCAACCAACAACAUUUUCUCCAAGAAUGAAAGGAGGCAAUGGAUCUGUAAGCUUCUACUAAUUACAAAGUGUGACUGGAUGGAUUUGGGAAAAGAUAAUAAUAAAUCUUGUUUCUAUAAUGCAAUUAAUAUUGACCAACUGUUGUCUAUCACUUAGGCAGUGGGACACUCUAGAACAUUUUCAAAAGCAAACAAGAAAUAAACCCCAGCUAUCCACGCAUAAAAUAUAUUAGGGUGAGGAAGAAGACUCAGUGUCCUUUUGUAUUUGUCAUUUACCACCAGAUUUCAGAAAAAGCCAGAGGCUAUGGAAGCCUACUGAUACAACUUAAUUUCUGUAGAUA